AUGCGUUUCUUCCUUGCUUUCCUCCUCGCUGCGCUGCAGAUCUCCUUCGCGAGCGCCGGCCUCCGAUUGCAAAAGUGUGGAACCACAUUCCCUACCAACUGGGUUUCCAACUGUAGCCCGAAGGACCAGCAAGACUGCAAGACUCUUUGCGGUCAGAAGUGCCGAACGGAAGGAGGACGACAGAUGGCCAACGGAGCUGACUGCGAUUGUUACUGCGGUCUCGCGUGA